AAAUCUCUAACUCUAAACUUCAAUUCCCUCAAAAAUGUCAAACUUUUUCUAUACACGAUCACUUCUACUACAACUAGUUCUCAUUUCUUUCUUAUUGCCACUUACUAAAUCUUUUGUUGUCAUUGUUUCUGAUUCAAGCAACCAAUCUGCCUUAGUGGAUGGUCUUCGGAAUGGGUUUUCAACCGGGGCUCGAACGGACGCCCACGAGCAAGCGGCGGUUUACGACAUAAUGAAGGCUACGGGGAACGACUGGGCCACCGAUAUACCGGACGUUUGCCGCGGCCGGUGGCACGGCAUAGAAUGUAUGUUAGAUAAAGACAAUGUGUACCAUGUUGUUUCAUUGUCAUUUGGUGCAUUGUCUGAUGAUACAGCCUUUCCUACAUGUGACCCUAUAAAGUCCUAUAUUUCAUAUUCUAUUACUAAGCUUCCUCAUAUUAGGACUUUGUUUUUUUACCGUUGUCUUAGGUAUAACCCACAGCCUAUCCCUUCGUUUUUAGGGCAAUUGGGCCCAACUUUGCAGAGCUUAGUGCUUAGAGAAAAUGGGCAUUUGGGUACUAUCCCUGAUGAAUUGGGCAAUCUUACCCGUUUGAAGGUUCUUGAUCUUCAUAGAAAUAAUCUCAACGGUUCGAUUCCGGUCUCGUUGGGUCGGCUGGCUGGUUUACGGUCGUUAGAUUUGAGUGGAAACAAAUUAACUGGUUCAAUUCCGAGUUUGAAUUUUCCGGUUUUAAACGUUAUGGACUUGAACCGAAAUUAUCUAACAGGAUCAAUCCCGUUUAGUCUCGGUUCAUGUCAUUCUUUGAUCAAAAUGGAUAUUAGCCAUAACCGUCUAACCGGUUCGAUUCCCGAUUCAUUUAGCGGCUUGAAAGAGCUUACGCUAAUGGAUUUAAGCUAUAAUCGGUUAUCGAAACCGCUUCCUAUCUCGAUUAAAAGCUUAAAUUCUCUCCAGGCGUUCAUUCUUGAAGGAAAUCCAAUGUCUAUUACACUUGCUAGUGAUGAAUUUGAUGGCAUGAAGGGGUUGAUGAUUUUAAUUCUCUCCCAUAUGAAUUUACAAGGUCCGAUUCCUGACUCAUUGGGCCGGCUAAUAAAUUUAAGAGUCAUUCAUCUGAAUGGAAAUCGGUUCAACGGUUCGAUUCCUACAAACUUUAGAAACUUGAAAAACCUUAGUGAGUUGAAAUUAAAUGACAAUCAAUUAUCCGGUUCGGUUCCAUUUGGAAGAGAAAUGGUUUGGAAGAUGAGAAGGAAGCUUAAAUUGCAGAAUAAUAUAGGAUUAUGUUAUGAUGCUAACAAUGGGUUUGAAGAUGGUUUUGAUACAGCUUCCGGUUCGGGUAUCGGUUUAUGUCGUAUACCUAAACCCGGUUCAUCAAGGACGGUCCAGCAUUUAUCUGCUAUGGAUAGGGAAAUGCCAAGUAUAGUUAGUAAAUCCUCCGGUGAAGUUUCAAGUAUUAUUAGAUUGCUUCAUCAAAGCAUAGCUGUGGUUCUGUUUUUGUUGUUAUUGUAAGAUGAGAAAUAAAAAAAAAAAAUAUUAAAAUAGAGAGGGUAAAUGAACCCAACGAAAAAUUCUCACUUCAAUUUAUUCUUAAAAAAAAAUUGGAUUCAAUUUUUAA